AUGGCAUGGGUUUGUUCCAGUGGCAACGACGCCGCGACACAACCGAAUGCCAUUCAAGGCGCCGACGUCAUGGAUGUGCUUACGACGUUUCGACCACAAGUGCGGGCGUUGGCGCUGACCAACACGUCGGACAAGGUCGCGCAGGACAUUGUAAAGCUCUGCGACAACGUGCGCCGACAGAAGCAGCGCACAGCUAAAACACACGAGCAGCGGGAUCAUGACGGCCUCCACCAAGUGCGCUACAAGUCCCCGCCGACGUAUAAGAGCCACUCGGUUAGUCAGUCCGCGCCGUUCACAUGGACCGCUACAAGUACCGCAACGUCGUCACAUGUCCAAUACAUCAUCACAAAAACCAAACCUCAACUCUUGCGACAUGACUGA